AUGCUAAACAAAGAAAUUCAUAAAUUUUGGGAAUUAGAAGAAACAGCUGUAAACACCAGUAAUUCCUUUUCCGUGGAAGAACUUACCUGCGAACGGCAUUUCUCAGAAACGGUCAAAAGAGAUAUUAACGGUCGGUUUAUGGUACGCCUACCCUUUAAGAAGGAUAUUACCAUGCUGGGGUUUUCCGAUGUAACCGCCCUAAACCGUUUUAUGGCACUAGAAACUCGUUUGAACAAAAAUAAUUCUCUUAAAGCCGAUUAUACAAACUUUCUAGACGAAUAUUUAGCUCUAGGUCACAUGAAAUUAGUUGCAGGUGAAUCUGAUUUUCACACUAAACAAUUAUAUUUUUUUCCACAUCACGCGGUGAUAAAGAGUUCGAGUACUACCACCCGAGUGCGUGUGGUGUUUGACGGAAGCUGCAAAACAAGUACCGGUGUCAGCUUAAACAAUAUUCUAAUGGUAGGUCCAACUAUUCAACAAGACUUGUUUUCAAUCAUUACGCGCUUUCGGACCUACCAAUUCGCAUUCAGUAGCGACGUAGUAAAAAUGUAUCGUCAAAUAUGGGUCGAUCCUUCAGAUACACCUUACCAAAGGAUUUUUUGGCGCAAGAGUAGUGACAAACCAGUUGAGGUAUAUGAGUUACAGACCGUAACGUAUGGUACCGCGUGUGCCCCAUACUUAGCUAUCAAAUGUUUACAAAAAUUAGCCAUCGAUGAACAACUCGAUUUUCCUCUAGCCUCGACAAUUAUCUUACGCGAUUUCUAUGUUGAUGACUUGCUUACGGGUACUAAUUCAGUCAAAGAAGCCAUAGAAUUACGCAAUCAAUUAAUUGGCGCCUUAAAUAGGGGUGGUUUUCAAUUACAAAAGUGGGCAUCUAAUUGUCCGGACAUUUUGCCCAAUUGUAGUCAAAAUAACGAUGUAGUUAAAUUAGACCAUAACGACGAGGUCAAAACACUAGGUUCAACGUGGAAUUGCAAAACGGACUGUUUAAAAUAUGUCGUGGAAACAAAGCCCGUGGAAAAUACUACUAAACGAUCCAUCUUAUCAAAAAUCGCGAGAAUUUAUGAUAUUCUAGGUCUCUUGUCACCCGUCCUUGUUUUGGGAAAAAUCUUAAUUCAAAAGUUGUGGCUCAUUAAACUCGACUGGGAUGAUCCUUUACCGGAAGAUAUACGACAAACGUGGCUUAAACUUGAACAAGAAUUACCCAUAUUAAACACACUACAAAUACCUAGAAAGGUUGUAUCAAAUCAAUACAAUAACGUCGAAAUUCAUGGAUUUUGCGAUGCGUCCAUGUCGGCUUAUGGUGCCUGUGUUUAUAUCCGAACGUUGGACUUAAACACAAAUUCGUACAAAACAGAAUUAUUAUGCCCACGAUCACGUGUUUCUCCAUUAAAAACUAUCACACUGCCUCGACUAGAACUUUGCGCAGCCGUGCUAUUAGCCCGCUUAAUACACAAAUUAUUACCUACAAUAAAUCUAAACAUAACAACGCAGUAUAUGUGGACAGAUUCAUCAAUAGUGUUAUCUUGGUUAGCAUCAUCGCCAAGUACCUGGAACGUUUUCGUUGCAAAUCGCGUUGCUGAAAUAAGCACAUUAACGAGUAUUUCUAAUUGGCAUCACGUUAAAUCUGCUGAUAACCCUGCAGACAUUGUCUCAAGAGGUAAAUUACCUAGUAAACUUAUUACGUCUGAUUUGUGGUGGCACGGUCCACAUUGGUUAUCAAAAAAUAAGUCAGAAUGGCCAGCUUCAUUCGUUAGUUCAAAUGCACAAAAUGUACCAAUUUUAGAAAAACGCGCCAAGUUGAAAAUUUUGGUGGUGACCAAUAACAACGUACUUCCAUUGUUAACAAAAUAUUCAUCCUUCGAUAAACUCCAGUCAGUACUAGCAUAUUGUCUUAGAUUUAUUCACAACUAUGUAGUUGAUCGUAACAAUAAAUUAUCAGGUCCAUUUUCAACUAAAGAAUUAAAUGACGCAACCAACAAAAUCAUUAAGUUAGUCCAAGCAUCAGAAUUUCUAAGUGAAAUACAUGACUUACAGCGUGGCAGAGAAAUUAACAAGUUAAGCAAACUACUUAAAUUAGAUCCAUUUUUAGACAAAAGGGGUAUUUUAAGAGUGGGAGGUCGCCUAAUCAACGCGGAUAUCAAUUAUGAGCAAAAAUUUCCAAUCGUUCUACCAUCGAAACAUCACGUGACCAAGUUGAUUAUUCUUAAAACACAUAAGGAGCAAUUACACGCAGGUCCAGCAGCGACUCUUGCUGCUGUUCGCGAAAAAUAUUGGCCGAUUGCAGGCAGAUCAGUAGUUAGAAAUUUGCUACACAAAUGCUAUGUUUGUUUUCGAGCAAAUCCGCAAUCUAAUGAUCAAUUAAUGGGCAAUUUGCCUGCUCUGAGAGUGCAGCCAUCAAGUCCUUUUCUUAAUUGCGGCAUAGACUAUGCAGGACCCAUUGUUAUGAAGGAAGGUGGCCGUCGUAGUAAAAAAACCACCAAAGUUUACAUUGCGUUAUUCAAAUGUUUUGCAACGAAGGCUGGCCAUAUAGAAUUAGUUACUGACUGCACUUCAGAAGCAUUUUUGAGUACACUAAAACGAUUCAUGGCGCGAAGAGGCAAAAUUUCAACCAUUCAUUCUGACAAUGCGACUUAUUUUACAGCAGCAAAUAAAGAACUAAACAAAUUAUUCCAUUCUUCACAAUUUGAAAGCGAAGUAGUUCAAUCUCUAGCAAAAAAUAAUAUUAAAUGGUACUUCAUACCAGCACGCUCUCCUCAUCGCGGCGGUUUUUGGGAGGCAGGUAUCAAGUCGAUAAAAUAUCAUCUAAAACGUGUUGCGAGUAAUGCUUUAUUGACGUAUGAGGAGCUCUAUGCGCUUUUGACGCAGAUUGAAGCAUGCAUCAACUCCCAACCCCUGACUCCAUUAUCCUCUGACCCGAGCGAUCUCACGGCCUUAACUCCUGGGCAUUUCCUCAUCGGCGGAAAAUUAACAACCUCAGUCGAAGACGAUGUUACAAUGGCGCAAAGCUUUUGGAAGCGCUGGUCAGGGGAGUUCCUAAACACGCUGCAACAAAGAAAGAAGUGGAAUCGCACUGCUAAAACAGAGGUGAAGCCAGGACUUCCCGUUCUACUACGCGAAGACAAUCUCCAUCCGAUGUGCUGGCGAAUGGGAGUCGUCAUGGAGACACAUCCAGGAAAAGAUGGGAUCGUCCGGACAGCCACCAUCAGGACAUCAUCGGGACCUGUCGUGCGGGCCACAAACCGAAUCUGCCUGUUCCCCAUCGACGACGACACCCAGGUUUGA